AUGCAAAACAAGAAGUUCAUUGCUGUGUCCUGCACUCAAUGCGGAUACACCGAAAUAUUCCGUGGCGAUUCCUCCAGGCUGGGGAAUUUCCUGGAUCUGCUUGCAAGCUGA